AUGUCUUCGUACGUUGUCACUGGCGUUGCAAGGGGCCUCGGUUGGGAAUUCCUCAAGCAAAUCUCGGCCCAUGCUGACAACUCUGUCAUUGGUAUCGUUCGUAACAAAGCUGCCACCGAUGCCAGGGUGAAGGCCGAGUUGCCUGACCGCAACAACAUCCAUAUCCUGGAAGCCGACAUUACCGACUAUCAGGCGUUGAAGGCCGCCACUGACAAGAUUGCCGAGCUCACCCAAGGGGCACUGGACUACAUCAUCGCCAACGCUGCGGUCUACACAGACUACGACGCAUUCGCCGCCAUCGGCAAUCUUGAUCCGGAAGGCAUCGAGCGCGAGCUCUUGAUGCUGACAAAAGUCAACGUCAUAGCCAACAUCCAUCUCUUCAACCUGCUCAUCCCGCUCAUCAAGAACGGAAAGGCCAAAAAGGUCGUCACCAUCACCACGGGGCACGCAGACCUGGACGUCUCAAUCAAGCACGACGUCGAGGUCUCCCCGUUGUACGCCGCCAGCAAAGCGCAGAUGAACCUCAUCGUCGGCAAGUUCAGCGCGCAGUACAAGCGAGAGGGCAUUCUCUUCCUCAGCCUGAGCCCCGGCUCUGUGGACGUGGGAAAAUGGGGGCAAGCCGAUUGCGCCUUGGCGCAGAAGUUCAUGGCUUAUGCACCGGAUUGGAAGGGUCCCAUCACACCCGAAGAGUCAGUCAGCGCUAUGAUGAAUGUCAUUGACAAGGCAAGCAUUGAGAACGGCGACGCGGGCGAGUUCCUAUCGCACUAUGGCAACAAGCAGUGGCUGUGA